AUGCAACCUCCGGACUCUUCCGAACCAGAUGGCGUCGAUCAGCAGCAGCAAAAGCGAAGGCGACCGAUGAUAUCCUGUAAUGAGUGCCAUCGACGCAAACAGAAAUGCGAUCGCUUACGACCAUGUUCAAACUGCUCCAAAAGAGACAAAGUGCACCUCUGUAUAUACGCACCUACGGUUGAACAUACAUUGGCGGACAUGGUGGUAGCUCACGAGUCUGCAAGUGGCAGCGUCUCUGUCCGAAAUAUAGUGGACCGUCAAUCCACAGCAUUCAUUUCAGAAUCCGGAACGCCAUCAAGCCUCACCGGCGGAGGCGUGUCUACCCGCCUAGGCUACUCGUCUAGCACUGCUACCGGGACAAUGAGUCUCAUAAAGAUGACUGGUACUCCAGAACAUGCUCUGAGCGACCAGCCGGAUCAUCCACAAGACGGAGCCAUCUCUAGAUACCAGAGCCUCCUUCGUCGGCUACCUACCAAAAGACACACUGACAUAUUAAUCAAGUCUUUCUUCACUGACAUUGCUUGGUAUUACGACAUUAUUGACGAGGCUUCCUUCACUGAAAGGCUCUCAUGGUGGACCCAGCUCCCAUACGCCGUCGUCAGUAAUGGCCCUUGGAGCCUUCCGCAGGAGCUCCGCGCCUUUCCUGCGCUGCUAUUUCAGAUCCUAGCGCAUUCUGUUCUGUUCGUUCCUGUAACGAAAAGCCACGACCUGUGCGACUUGAAACACGCACCAGAUAUGACGUUCGCGGACCUGGCCACUGAGUACAGCGAAUCAGGAGAGGCUAUUGCCUCAUUUCUGUGCAGCAAGGAUAUAGACUUGGUGAAGCUACAAGCUGGGCUUCUCAGAACGUCCAUCUUGAAGAGCCUGGGUUCGGUUGUGGACGCAUGGCAUAUACUGGGGCGAACGAUCCGAGAGGCCCAGGAAAUCGGACUACACCUAGAGGAACCUAUUCCCGAAAGGCAGCCGGAUCAUAUUCCCAAUUCAGGAAGUCGUUCUCAAGAUUCCGAGCUGGGUAUGAGAACUUGGCUACUUCUACACCUAUGGGACGCCCAUAUGGGAGUAGUACUCGGCAGACCCAUGUCUACCAAGGUUAAUCCCGAAAGCAUCAUUUACUUCUUGGAUGGCCAGGAAAUAUUGCCCCAGACCCAGGGAAGAGACUGUGUCCCUGACCCUUUCUCGUUCGUUCUGCUCGGCUACCGCGUCGCCUAUAGAUAUCUGCAAGACAUUCAUGGUCUAGAGAGAUCGCCUCUUUCCAACGUUGAGCAGCUGUCGGCUGUUCACAGCAUUCACUCUUCUAUUACCAGAGCCGUGGCCAACCUUCCGAUAUGGGCUCGACAAGAGCCUGAUAUCAGCCAAGCCAGAUUCUCGAUCCCCUGGCUUCCUGCGGCCCGCGAAACCCUUGUCACCGAAGUCAAUUUCGCUCUCCUCACGCUGCACAGACCCUUCAUCUUCUCAGCACCUGAUAGCAGGUGCGAGGCACUCAGGGCAGCCCUCAAGGUCUUGGACUCGCAGAGCCGCCUGUUCGCUAUGAACGAGCCCCGAGAAUAUCUCCCCUUCAAUCUAGUAUUCGCCACUUUUGACGCCAUGGUCCUCACUGCAACCAUCUACAUCUUCUUCCCGCACGAAAACAGAGAUUGGCUUGAAUCUGCAGUCCAAUGUGUUACGUGGGGUCUGGCAAGAUUGGACGCGAUGGGGACGAUGAACAAGCUGGCCAAAGUAGCGCAUCAUGUGCUGCGAGAGCUCACCGUAAAGAUGAAUGUACGAACUUCGUCAGAGAUGCCGAGCGACAUCCUGGGUCACAUGAGUUCUGGGGCGGCCGUGCCGGAAGAUGUACUCGCUCUACAUCCACCGCAACCCUUGCACGACCUCAUUUCUCUAGAUGGGGCCGAACUGUUUGGAGACGUGAAUAUGGAAUCAUUAAUGGAAGUACCACCGCAGUUUAUGUUCGGUGAUGACUUUUGGAAUAUGAUGGAUUCUGUGUCUGAAUAA